AUGGGCUACUAUGGAAACUACUAUGGUGGUCUUGGCUAUGGCUAUGGCUGUGGCUAUGGAGGCCUGAGUUAUGGCUAUGGCUAUGGCAGAUUUGGAUAUGGCUACUGCAGGCCAUAUUGCUGUGGGAGAUACUGGUCCUACAGAUUCUACUGA